GAUUGUCAAGACCAAGACCAUUAUCAAACAGAAGACAAUUCAUUUUUCUUCUAUGUUGUUCUUCCCAAAAACAUUUUGUCAAUUCGUUAUCUUGUGUUUGGUAAUUGGAGAAUUCCUAUAGUUAUGCGUGUGUGUGUUCAGGAGCAUGAGUACCAGUUUUUCUGGUUUCAUGAGAUGAUCUGUAAUGAAGGAUCAUCAAAUAUUGGUUCUACCCAAAUUUUUAUAGGUUCAAGACACGAUCCGCUAGUUCCUGUUUAG